GUUCAAUAUCUUCUCUCUACAUAUUCACUCCCCCCGCCCCUGAGCCACCAACGGUCACAGACAAACGACACAGAAUUACUAUUAAUCUUAAUAAACAUGUCUAAUUAUUCAGGAGCCCACAUUUGUCAGUGUCUCAGCCGGAUAGCUACUUCCCGCCGCACCACCACCGUCACUAUCUCCGGCGACCGCCACAAGACAGGCAAGGAAUUUGUUGACAGGGUCUUGGGCCUCGCCGGAGGAUUGACCGAUCUGGGGCUUCUUCCCGGCGAUGUCGUGGCUCUCUCUGCUCUCAACAGUGAUUUGUACUUGGAGUGGUUAUUGGCAAUUACAUUUGUUGGUGGGAUUGUUGCUCCUCUCAAUUACAGAUGGAGCUUGGAGGAGGCAAAGUCAGCAAUGGAGACAGUGAGACCUGUCAUGCUUGUGGUUGAUGAAUCAUCUUCUCACUUCAGUUCAAGUUUUCAUAACGACAUUUUACCUUCUUUAAGGUGGCAUGUCUUUAUUAAUAUUAAUUACCCAACAACAGAUUUGAUCAACAUGAUUAACGUUGUCAACUCAAAAUCAUGUAUGUCUUCAUUAUUAAUUAUUGUUUUUAAAUCCAAAUCAAUAAUUAACUGCUCUCAAAUCUUAAUUAAUCAUUUCCGAUUUUCUCUUAUGUCGCACCAGCAGCAGCCACAAAAAAAUUCAAUUUGUUAUCUUGCAGGAACCACUGGCAGACCGAAAGGAGUAGCCAUAAGUCACUCUGCUUUAGUGAUGCAGUCCAUGGCCAAACUCGCCUGCGUGGGCUACUCCGAAGACGAUGUGUACCUACACACUGCUCCAUUGUGCCAUAUUGGUGGGAUAUCAUCAGGCUUAGCAAUGUUAAUGGUGGGAGGCCGUCACAUACUAUUUCCUAAGUUUGAGGCAUCUUCUACACUUAAAGCUAUUCGCCAAUUUCGUGUCACUUCUUUUCUAACUGUCCCUGCAAUCAUGUCCGAUAUUGUUUCCUUAACGAGGAGGGACAAGACGUUAUUAAAUGGAAUGGAGACAGUAACAAAGAUAUUGAAUGGUGGCGGAGGACUAUCAAAUGAUCUUAUCAAAGAGGCCAUCAAUAUUUUCCCAAGGGCUAAGAUUUUUUCAGCUUAUGGAAUGACGGAGACAUGUUCUUCUAUGACCUUCAUGACCCUCCACGAUCCGACGUCGACUCCUCCUCCCCAUUCUUCACUCGGCGCAACCGCCGGAGGUGUUUGUGUCGGGAAGGCUGCGCCGCAUGUUGAAAUAAGGAUCGGGUCGGAAGGUCAUGACACUUCAUCAGGGGGUGUCGGGAAGAUAUUGACUAGGGGUCCACACGUGAUGCUCGGGUACUGGGGUCAGACCAUAACCAAUGAACUAAACUCGAAUAAAGAUGUUUGGCUCGAUACGGGUGACAUUGGGAUGGUUGAUGGGUCGGGUCAAAUUUGGCUUGUUGGUCGUAACAAGGGUCGGAUCAAGAGCGGCGGUGAAAACGUCUUCCCUGAAGAGGUGGAAGGGAUAAUAUCGCAGCAUCCUGGGGUGGACACGUGUGUGGUGAUGGGAGUGCCAGAUCAACGGUUCACAGAGAUGGUAGUGGCUUGUAUUAAGCCGAAAGAUAAAUGGAAAUGGGUAAUUGGUCAAUCUAACGAUGAGAAUACAUUAUCUGCUAAUAUGAUUCAACAGUUCUGCAAGCAAAAGAAUUUGACAGGGUUUAAAAUACCUAGAAGGUUUAUUGUAUGGACGAAGCCAUUUCCAUUGACGACAACUGGGAAAUUGAAGAGAGAUAUUAUUAAGGAGGAAGUUGUCUCUGGUAUGCAAUAUAUCUCCAGCAACCUCUAAUGAUCAUAUAUAUUGUCUUAUUCUCAUCGAAUAAACACUUUCUUGUUCAUUUGAGCUGUAUUUUUUCUGUAUUAUAAUUAUGAUUAAUAGGUAUAUAUUUUUUUCCAUCUACUAUGAUAUGAUCAAUUAUAUGUAUGUAAUAAUAAGUUCAUGGGUCAUGUAAUAUUAUAUUACAGGAUUCGGAAUGAGAAUUGGUUUUAUGUUUUGUGUUUUAUUUUUUGAAUGUCAUGUUUGUUUCGGUCU